AUGCCUGGAAUAUUUUUCAAUGUGAAUGGAAAAGAUGUGAACGAAGACAAUGUGGACCCAGAACUUACUCUCGCGUAUUAUGUGAGAAAUAAGUUGGGCCUUCGUGGAACAAAACUGGGAUGUGAAGAAGGUGUGUGUGGAUCGUGUACAGUUGUACUUGGGAUAUGGGAUGAUGGAGAGAACAAGGCAGUUUAUAGAGCAGUCAACGCAUGUCUUGUCCCUCUUUUUCAUGUUCAUCGAACAUUUGUGAUUACUGUAGAAGGCGUUGGAAGUCGAGAAAAGAUUCAUCCGAUCCAGGAUAGGAUGGCUAGAGGACAUGCAUUACAAUGUGGUUUCUGUUCACCUGGAUUUGUGAUGUCUGCGUAUGCUCUUCUCCGUAAUCACCCGGAUCCUUCGAUUGAUCAGAUCAAUGCAGCUAUUCGUGCCAAUUUGUGUCGUUGUACUGGUUAUCGUCCAAUUCUUGAGGCUCUCUACAGUUUCUCUCCGGAAAGUGGUGGAUGUUGUGGAGGAAAUAAAAAUGGAGGAGGGUGUUGUAAAGACAAAUCAUCUAGCGAUGAGGAUGAAGGAUACGAUGAAAAGCUACUCUCGUUCAAUGACUUUCCAAAAUACGAUCCAACUCAGGAAAUCAUCUUUCCGCCAUCUCUCAGGACAUAUGCGGACUCUGAGGAUCAAGCGAUUCUGAAUGGAAACCGUGUCGAACUGACGCUUCCAAAGAAUUUAACUCAAUUCAAGCAAUCCAGAGAGGGCAAGAAUGUUAUUUCAUCAGGACUUAUCACAAGAUUUCUAACAUCCCGAAACCCAAAAGAGUUUGCGCAAAAAUGGAUCACAACCAGAUAUGUGAAAGAGUUCAAUGAAGUGAGAGUGGAAGCGGACUCGGUGAAAAUAGGAUCAGCUGUAACUAUUCAGAAGUUUGCUGAUACUCUUUCUAGCAACUUACCAGAAGAAGUUGGAUGUGAAAUCGCUAAGUUCAUACAGAAUUUCUCCUCUCCCCAAAUUGCUAAUUUCGCGACAUGGUCAGGAGCAAUCGUUUCAGCUGCAAAAUCUUCGAUUUCAGUCAGUGAUGUCUUGAUUCUUCUGAAUGUUCUCGAUGCAAAACUUUCGGUGUUGACAGAAUCUGGAGAACUGACAGAGGUUGAAAUGGAGAAGUUCGUUGAACAGAAGCUCUUCGAGACUGGCACAAUUGUGUAUGCAAAGUUCUCGAAUGCUAAUAACGGAAAGUUAUUCUGUCUAAAACUCGGAGAGACGAGUGAGCAAGAUUCAACGAACUUCAACUUCGCGGUACUUGUUGGGAACAAACCGAGCAGAGUUUUUGUUGGAUUAGGAGGUCAACCAAGAAGAUUGACUGGAUUGGAAACUUUCAUUGACAGUGAGAAAAGCUAUGGUUUGGAGGAUUUCUACAAAGCGUCUAAUCUGGAAAGGAACCAUCAUUCUUCAACGGCAUUGACCAGAUUUGCAAGCUUUCUGAAGAACGAAACGAUAGAUGAGCAACAGGGAAAAGUGAACUACCUUCAGUAUUUCAAGCCAACUACAAAUGAAUUUGCCGGACGUCCAAUUGCAAAUUAUUUCAAUGAAAGAUCAAUCACUGGAGAAGCUCUUUAUGUGAACGAUAUUCCAGCACAUAAUGCCGUCCAUCUCGGAUUUGUGCUCUCCACUUUUCCAAACGCAGAAGUAUUAAAUGUCGAUUUCUCCGAAGCAUUGAAGCUUGAAGGAGUCGCUGGAUAUUUCGGAGUUUCUGAUGUUCCUGGAAACAACACUCCGGGCCUCCAAAUUGCAAAUAUGAAUUUUCCAGAUGAUACAACUAUUUUUGCCGAUAAGAAGGUCGAGGCAGUUGGUCAAGUCAUCGGUGUGAUAGCUGCCAAUGAUGUCUCUCUUGCAAGAAGAGCUGCAAAGUUAGUCAAAGUUGAAUACAAAGAGCUGAAAUCAUUGGUUGAUUUCAAAGAAGCACGAGAUGCGGAAUCAUAUUUGGGAGACGUUCAACACUACGGAAAAGAUGAAAAAUCUGUAAAUGAAAGCUUCGAAAAAUCAUCGAAGACUAAACGACUCGGUGGAGGGUUCGGAGGUAAAGUUAACAACGCUUCCUGGAUUGCAUGCAUGUGCGCGGUAGUCGCUAGAAAACUGAAUAGACCAGUGUACGGUUUCUUGUCGAGAUCAGAUGACUUGGCUAUAACUGGAAAACGACAUGGUGUUUAUGCUAAAUACAAAGUUGGUAUUGACUCGGACGGAAAGAUUGAAGGAAUUCACUAUGAAGCCUGGUUGAAUGGUGGAUGGUCUAAGGAUCAUUCUGAAGGUGUAACCAUGGUUAUGGGAAUUCUUGUGGAUGGUGUGUACAAAAUGGGAAAUCUUCGAUUUGAUGGAUAUCCCGUGAAAACGAAUUCAAACAGCAAUACAGCUCUCCGAGGUUAUGGAAAUCCACAGUCAACCCUGGUAAAUGAAGGUGUAAUGAGAAGAAUUGCACGGGAAGUGAACAAAGAUGUCGAGGAAGUGAAGAAACUGAAUUUUGCUCUGCAAGGAGACCAUCGUUUUAUGGGAGGAAAAAUUCAUAACGACGCACUUGGAGAAUGCUGGGAAUACUGUACAAACUGGAGCGAGUUUGAAAAGAGGAAGAGAAAGAUCGCAGAAUUCAAUAGAACAUCGGAAAUAGUCAAAAGAGGGAUUGCAAUGUCUUCCGUGCGAUUUGGAUUGCCUCAUCCAGGCCCCGCAGGUCAUGGAAUUGCAAGUCUUCUCAUUAAUUUGGAUGGAUCUGUUCAACUAUCCAUUGGAGGAACUGAAAUGGGACAAGGAUUAAAUCAGAAGAUGCUGCAAGUGUGCAGCGAGGCAUUGAAGAGACCAAUCGAAUCAAUCACCAUUGUGGAUACUAGCACUGACAAAAUCACAAAUGCUCCAGAAACUGGAGGAAGUCAAAAUGCGGACACUAACGGAUUGGCUGUUCUUGCUUGCUGUGAAAAGAUUCUGUCCAGACUUCAACCGAUUAUUGAUAAGAAUGAGGGAGAAUGGGAGAAGUCCAUCAGAGAAGCAUAUGCUUCAUAUGUUCCUCUCCAGUGCACAGAGUAUGGAGUUGUUGAGAGAACAAAGUUUGGUGUUCAUGAAACUGAAUCUCCAUACAAUACCACUGGAGCAUGUGCUGUUGAAAUCGAAGUGGACACCCUCACCGGAUACAACCGCGUGAUUUGCGUCGAUAUGGUCAUGGAUGUUGGAGAAAGUUUGAACCCUGCUAUUGACAUUGGACAGAUCGAAGGAGCAUUCAUGCAAGGAUACGGAUUGGUUACUUGUGAGAAGAUCACUUUCAAUAAGACUACCGGGCAGCUGGAACAGAACACUGCUGGAAAAUACAAGAUUCCUAGAGCAAGUGAUGUUCCGAAAGACUUCAGAGUCAAGCUUCUAGGAAUCAACAAAGCCAACGGAGCGCAAGUUUAUUCAUCAAAGGGAAUUGGAGAGCCACCAUUGAUGAUGUCCUGUGGAGCAGUUCAUUCAGCAAUCAUUAUUCAACGGAGGUUGAGUGGAAAGGAACGGUGUGCUCGAGAUGCUUCAAUGAGUCGACGGACAGCGUCGAAUGUUCUGGUUAUUCUGUUUCUCUGUUCAAAAUGUUUCGGAUCUCAACGAUAUGAUAUGCCUCGGAAGAUAGAUUUGUUUCAUGAUGUAAUUUCACAGAGUACUACAACGCCUGCUCCUAAGUGUCAAUGUCUUCCUCCAAGCACACCAACAAGUCCUCCAAAUUGUAUUCCAUAUGACUCCAGACUGCAAGCGGCAAGUCUUGAAGAAGCUAUUGUCGCAUUCCCAGAUCUCACUAUAACCAGACAAGAGAAAUCACAGCAAACGACGGCGACACUGAACAACUGCAAAACUAAACAGUGUCGUGAUUGCUACAAAGAUAUUCGAGGUCAACUUCGAAAGGUCGGUCUUCUACCAGGCACAAUUGACCAGGUCUUCAGCAACCAACGAAACUUCACAACAUGCCAAAAGUACAGAUUUGCAAGACAGGAUAAAGGAGUUUAUGAGAAAAACAAGAAAACCAAGCAGCACUAUGAUUGGGAUUAUGAAGAAUAUGAUGAUGAUUCUGAUGAGGACUAUUUUUGGGGAGAAUUUCUGGGAGGAAAGAAACAAAAACUGCGGAACAGAAUCAGGAGAGAUGUGGAAGCAACGACAGCAAUUUCACAGCCACCGAAUAGUACAGCACUGAAUUCAACCGGUAUCAUCGGAUAUGCGUCUUGUCAAACAGGAACCCAACAGCUAAAUGUGUUGCGUAAUGAAAGUGGAAAGUUGGUUCCUGUAUCCGUAUCAGCUGGGAUCAAUUGUGAAUGUCGGAUAUCAGUGGGAUCGUCGUUAGAGUCCCUUGUGCUCGGGAAAGGAACAAGUUCAGCUUUGCCCCCAGUGGGAACAACCAGUACAAAACCUCCGCCUGUAUCAAGUACAAGUCAUCCUUAG